AUGAUUGCCAUCUCAAUCUGCAGUUAUACUCUCUUUUGCGUUAUAUACAACCUAUUUUUUCACCCUCUGCGACGAUUUCCGGGACCCUUAUUGGCAAAGGUUUCUGGUGCUUGGGCACGAGUGCAAAACUUUUAUGGGCGCAAGGCGCAUAAGAUCCAUGAAGCCCACAUUCAUUACGGCCCGGUCGUUCGUAUUGGGCCCAACAUGCUGUCCUUUAGCGACCCUUCAGCAUUACGCGAUAUUUAUACGUCAAAAGCAUUCGUCAAAGAAGGAGGAUUUUAUCGAGCAAAAAGAAUCUACCACGAAGAGCAUCUAUUGAGUUUCACUGAUCCGGAGGCCCACUCCCAGCGACGGAAACUGCUCUCUCGUGGAUUUUCUCAAACAGCAAUGCGAGAUUUUGAGCCAAAAGUAGCGUCAAAGAUAUAUACUGUCCUCGACCAAUGGGCCAAAAUUGCGUCCACCAGUGAUUCAGCAGUUGACAUCUUCCGCUGGACACACAUGCUUGGAUUUGACACUGUCUAUCACCUCAUGUUUGAUGUUGACCCAGGAACCGUCAAGACAGGGGUGGAAAGCGAGGUAAUGCAAUACAUGCGCGCAUGGAAGCUUAUCUAUAUUUACAAAGAGUUUGUUCCACUGCUUGAGAAUUGGGGUAUUUACGUUCCAGGAUACAUAGGGUCCUACUUUCGUAAAGUCCAUGCGUGGAAAAAGAUGGCGAUAGGCAUUGUGAACUCAUGUAGGGCUAAUGGGACUAAAACAGCAUUUCUAAGCCGUGUUCUGGAGACUGGAGAUGAGAAGUCACGUCCUUUACUCACAGACUCCAUCCUUGCAGAGGAAUGCAUGAGUGGAAUGUUUGGAGGUAGCGGCACAACUGCCAACACCUUUGUUUAUCUUGUUUGGGCUACGGCUCAGCAGCCAGAUGUUAUUCAACGGCUACAAGAGGAAUUGGAUAAAUGUUUUCCAGAUACGUCAACUAUUUCUGACUACCUCACUUGUAAUAAGCUGCCGUACCUCAAUGCUGUUAUAUAUGAAACAAUGAGGCUCUAUCCAUCAACAAUUGCUAUAUUGCCUCGUACAGCAAUAGAGAACACGACUGUUGCCAAUAUUCCUAUACCCAAAGGAACAAUUGUUGGUACCCAGAAUUAUACCACCCACCGUUGUGAAGAUGUCUUUCCUCAAGCAGACAAAUUUAUUCCCGAAAGAUGGUUGGUAGAUGAUCUUACACCACUAAGGGAGGCAUUCACCCCCUUUUCCUUGGGGCCUCGAAAAUGCAUUGGACUAAAUCUCGCCGAAAUGGAACUUCGCAUACUAACCGCAUCAUUUUUCCGGAGGCUCAAUGUUAGUCUUGAUUCUUCAAUGAAGAUGGAAGAUAUGGUUCAGUAUGACACGUUCAAUGCCGCGCCAGUCGGUGCAAAAUUAUUGGUACAUCUUGUAGAAAGGAAAUAG